CUGGACGGUACGGACUAUAAGAGUUUUGAUGGCUUUGCCAAACAAGUGGCCGAUAUUGUGGGCGACAGGGGUUUGGAUACACUCAUCAAUAACGCCGGCAUUUUUAUCACUAAACGUUUGGAUGACGUGACCGCCGAUAAUAUGGUGACCAACUUUCAAGUCAAUUCAGUGGCACCACUCAUGUUAACUAAAGCUCUUUUGCCUGUGCUUAAGCUCUCGGCAGCUACUAAACGCAAAAUUACCAUCGUCAACAUCGGCGCCGGCCUGGGCUCCAUAGCGACUAUGCAUAAUAGGCCAACACUAAUGUAUUACCCUUAUGUUGUGAGCAAAGCAGCGUUGAACAUGAUCAAUAAAUGCUUGGAUGUUGAUCUAGCUCCGCAUGGAAUUAGGUCGGUGGCUAUUCACCCUGGUCACGUGGCCACAGAUAUGGGCACUGGCGUU